AAUCUGUCUUUUAUUCUAGGCUGGAAAAGCACGAUCCAUGUCUGUUUAGAGCAGGGGUCGGCAAUUUAAGGCACACGUGCCAACAGUGGCAUGCACUUAAUACAAUAAUAAUUGAGUAUUUGAUAUAGCCUACAUUAACAUGAUUUUUCUUAAAUAAAUAAGAUGAUGGAAGCUGCUUCAGUCGAGUAAAUGUCCAUCUUUAAAUAUUGUUCUUACAUCUAAGUCUAUGAAAAUGAAAUAUUUCACAGAGUGAAACCUAAAUGUGGACAUUUUUACAUACUUUUUCUUUAUUUUACUUUAAAAAUAUGAACUAAUGUUAAAACAUAUGUUGACCAUAAAACGAUAAGACCAGCGGUCGAAAACAGCUUGAACAAAACAGGGGUAGCUGAAUAAGAGUAUAAAUGUUAGCAUACAACCUAAUCCAACUAAAAUAUUAUUAUUAUUAUUUAUUUAAUUUUUUAGUUAAUACGUAAAUAAUAAUAAGGCUGACAAGCGCGCUCUUGUGAACGCUGUCCGAAUGGGUCAAAAUACAGUUUCUGAAAUAUUUCCCGCCUUGCCUCCAUAUGUGUGGGGAGGCGGAUUAAUACUCAUCCGGUUCAUGCUGGACUCUGAGUUUUUUUCAGAUCUAAGAAGCAGACAUGUCGAUAAUAAGCGAUUUGAAAUGUUACAAGCGCGUUGCUUGAAAACACGUCCCUGAAAAACCAGCUCUCUCCAGCUGGACAUGCCACAGACACUAAUGAGACACCAUGGACCAAGAUUCAGAGCCAGGUGCUCGGUUUGUGGAGGCCCACUGGGCAACACUUAUCCAGAGAGUAAAAAUGGUGAUGCCGAUAGCGGAAGAGCUGCGGUCAGGUGGCAUGAUGGAGUGGGAGCCAUACUGUAAGAUCAGAGCAGCAAAUACUAACCAGGAGAAAAUGAGAGAGCUUUAUGAAGUGCUGCACUCUGGUGGAGUCAAGGUUAAAUCUGCCUUUUAUUCUAGACUGGAAAAGCAUGAGCCAUGUCUGUUUAGAGCCUUGGGUAACAUUGCACAGACUGCAGAAGCUCACAUUGAAAGCUUAAACAAAUAUAAGAAGUGGAUCCAGAGGGAAUAUGAAUAUGUGACUGAGUAUAACUCUCUGCCUGGUGAAUGUGUGCUUCUGUCUGAGCGCUACACACAACCUCUGAUCAUCAUGAGACACAGAGAAAAGCGAGAGCGAGAAGAAGAGAUGUGCUCUGUGGGAGGGAGUUUCCAGCAGCUCCUCAUCUCCAGGAAUAAUGCGGACAAAGACAGCUCCAUGCUGGAUGCGCUUUUCAGUGUUGAUAAUAAGGGAAUCAGUCCUUGUUCUGUCAUUCUCCAAGGAAACUCCGGGAAUGGCAAAUCCUUCACCGCUCAAAAGAUCAUGCUGGAUUGGGCGUCUGGAAACCUUCACAGAGAGGAAUUUGAUUGUCUGUUUCACUUGAAAUGCAAAGAACUGAACCACAUAUCUGGAGAGCAAAGCUUAGCAGAGCUUUUGAGUCACAACACAAAUUUAACAUCAGACCAGAUCUCACAGAUCCUGCAGAAGUCACCGGAGAAAGUUCUUAUUCUCAUUGAUGGAUUCGAUGAGCUCAAGUUUUCUUACAGUGACACCUCGAAUAUGCCAAAACUCAGCCAUGUUUCUGAAAAAGCUCCACCUGAGGCUUCUCUGAAGGCCUUGUUGAGGGGCCACAUCUUGUCCGAGUCCUUCCUGCUGGUCACCACCAGAUCUACAGCUACAAAAACCCUGGACGGUCUGCUCAAGCACCCUCAGCGUUUUACCGAGAUUAUCGGCUUCUCCGAGAAAGAGGUGGAGGAGUACUUCCAGAGGUACUAUCAGAAUGAAGAACUCUUCAGAAAAGCUUUUGAGUGCGUGAAGGCGAAUGAAACCCUCAUCACCGCCUGCUCCAUCCCUGUCAUCUGCUGGAUCAUCUGCAUUAUGCGAGAGAGGUUCAGUGAUGGUGCAGAUGUAACAAGUGGACUAGAAACCACCACCUCCAUCUAUGUUGACUUUGUGUCCACUCUUCUGGAGCAUCACUGCCAGGGUUUAAAUCAGUCCGUCCCAAUCCUGCUGAGGAGUCUGGGUCAGCUGGCAGAGAGAGGGAUGCUGGAAAAACAAGUGCUGUUUGAAGAGAAAAGCGUGCAUGAAACUGUUUCAAACCCUGCUGGCAGUCCGUUCCUGUGCAAGUUCCUCUUUAAGAGAAGGAUCCGUCAGGAGACGAUGUUCAGUUUCAUGCAUCUCAGCUUUCAGGAGUUCUUCACCGCUCUGUACUUCAUCUCACUGGCUGAAAGAGACUUUCUAGAUAAAAUAACAGAGCGGUUCCACUCUCAAACGCAAAGCUAUCUUGCUCUAUAUUUGGAUGAGAAGUUUCCAUUGAAGUAUGGAUGCCCUGAAGCUCAUUUCCUGCCUGUGAUUCAGUUUCUCUGCGGUCUCUCCAAUAAAGAUGUGAGUGAUUCACUCAAAGAGGCACACAAUCUGUCUGUCCCUUCCUUUGUACAGGCACAGUUGGAAGAAUGGAUUCUCCAUGUUAGCUCAAGUAGAGAUUUCAAUUUCUUGCCCUUUAUUCUCCACUGUCUCUAUGAGCUCCACGAGAAGGAGUUUGUGCAGAAAGCUAUGGAAGCUUGGCAGGAGUUAGACAUGUCCUGGGAUCCACUGAGCAGGACGGACUGCUGGGCGUUGUUGUACUGUCUGGACUGCUGUCCUCACUUCAGAAAUCUGAAGCUCAACUUUGCGGCUGAGGAGCUGAAGAUGCUUCAACCUGUGCUGUGCAGGACCCCAGAACUUGAGUUGACAGUGCAAAACUUUUCAGACACAGAUGUCACUGAUCUGCUCUCAUCUCUUGGAGAAGGAAAGCGGCUUCGAGAACUGAGAUUGAACAGCAGCUGUCUGUCAGAUGAAAGUGUGCAGCAGGUUCUUAAUGCUCUUCACAAACAGAAGAACGUAGGUGGACUUCAGAUUGCGGUGAAGAGCAUCUCAGCUGACACUGCCCACAUCCUCACAGACUUCCUUCAGACCAAAGCGAAAUGGGAGGAGAUCAGUUUAAGGACUAAUGAAGCAGGAAGUCUCUGCUCGUCUCUACAGCUCUUCAGCUUUGAAGGAAAGCUUGUGUUGAAUGUGGUGAGAUGGUGUUCAGCCCUACAGAAUGAACCGUCACUGUCAGAAAUCAUUCUCAAAUGUCCACAUUCACAGGCGUCCAGUAUUAAUGUCAAGAGCUUCUUACAGGCCUUCCACAGUGUAAACUGUAUAACAGAAGAAAGUGCAGAUUUUGACAAGCAGGUCGAUGCUCUGCUGUCUCAGCUGCCAUCUGUGUCUGGUUUGAGUGCGAUAAAUCUUUCUGUUCCCGUCCUGACGGAGGCUUGGGCUUCCAGAAUCCUCUUCCUUGUCGAGUCUUGUCCUAGACUGGCUGUGAUCAAUUUUGAUGCUGGUUCAAAGGGCUCUGAUGGUGCUGAGUGGCUCCCUGGUCUUUUAAUGGAGGAGGGAAUCAAGUUACUGAAGGAAUCCGCAAAACGUACCGAGUGCAUUGUGAACAUUAGGGGGUUCAGAUGCAGUAAGUCCUCGCUGCACUCGUCACACCAAGCAGGUCGAGGAGCUCAGCUGCAACCAGAGAGUGACCAUUGAGUUCAGUGGAGAGAAAUGUACAGAAGACAUAAAGUCUAAACUUGAACUACCUGAUGUUAACUGAAGCUGCUGAGCUGCUCUGUUUUUCUGAGUCUUUUGAUGCAGCUAUAAAGACGAUAUGUGAUAAAUCACUAGAGGAUGUAUGAAGAGGAAAAGAAUGAACUUCAGUUGUUUUUCACUAUCUACUAUUAGUUACUCCUCCCUGUAGACUUUUUUUUUUUAAAUUAUUUGUAAUUUUUUCACAUUUUAUUCAAAUAUCUGUCUCACUUUGGCAUAACCCUAGGCUUAUUUGAUUCCAGAUCUAUUUAUUCUUAAGGGGGGAAAAAAGCUUUAUUAGUAUAAUUGUGUUUGUUAUAGAUUUUAAACAAAUAAACUUUGUCAUGAUCAUUUUCACCGCC